AUGAAACCUGACACAGUGAAAUGGUUUUUAUUAUUAACUCUAAUAAUAACAGAUUGUUCUUGUAACACAGAAAGCUUAUUCACUUUGGAAAAUCACUUUUUAACAGCUACGGAGGGGUCUUGUGUUGAAAUCAAAUGCAGAGUGGAAAGGACUGUGGAAGUUUCAGAUACUGCUCACUGGUUUUGGAUGAAAGACGGCGUUUAUGCUGAUGAGGAUAAAGCCUAUACAGCUACAAUCAUUUACAGCACAAAUGAGUCCAAACGUCCUGUCAGUCCACAGUUUAAGAACAGAGUGAGCUACACAGGAUCUCCAACAACAAAUUGGUGGAAGUAUUCACGCAGCCAGUCCUGCAGUAUUUUGAUCUGUGACCUGAAUAAAACAGACAGUGGAAACUAUCAGCUCAGAUACAUUAGUGAAAAUUUUAAAUGGGUCACAAACCCUCCAACAAUCCUGAAAAUUACAGAUAAUCCCUGCCCUAUUACCUUUAAUGAAUCAGCUUCUGUGAUGGAAUAUGACAGAGUGACACUCGUCUGCUCUACAAUAAACUCAUGUUCUUCCAUCCUACAAAUAUAUGAUUCAAUGCAACAGCCCGUAAGUUCCAGCAUUCGCAGAACCGCAACAUCUGAAGUCACUCACAGUUUUACAGCCACAUGGACGUAUGAUGGGAGCGUGUUUUCAUGCAAAACACAAUACAAAACUGACAAACAUUUGAUGAGAAAAGUCACAUUGACUGUAAAACAUGGUCCCAAAGACGUAAAGGCUACAAUAAACCUUAAACGCGUGAAGGUGGGCGAUUCAGUGACUCUCACAUGUUCAGCCAAAGGUUCCCCUAAUGUUACCUUCAGCUGGUUCAAAGACACUACACACAAAACCUCUGGAGCUGAGCUGACUUUCCCAUUCAUUCAGGAAUCGGAGAGUGGAUCUUACUUCUGUCAAGCUCAGAAUGUCUACGGCACUGCAAAGUCGAACACAAUAUACAUCGAUGUGUUGUAUGCCCCUGAAGUUAAACUGACAAUAAGAAAUCAGUCUCCUGGAAGAAGCUCUGGUCACAUCGAAGAAGGAGACUGGAUUACUCUUGAAUGUAAUGUGAUCAGAAGCAAGCCACAAGCUACCUUGACUUUGAAAAAAGAUGAUAAGCGUCUAGGUGGAGGAUCAACACGUGUUUUUCCGAAGAUAAAACCAGAGGAUAGUGGCUCCUAUUCAUGUGAAGCCAAAAACUCUGUGGGUUCUGGUACAUCCAAAUCUGAGCUUCGGGUUCGAUACAAACCAAGGAGCAGCAUCUCCGUACAGGGAGCCGCUGACAACAAAGUAAAACUCAACAGCUGUCUCAGACUAACCUGUAACACUGAAGCACAUCCAGAACCAGAAUACUCAUGGUACAGUUACAGAGAGCCGAACCGCUCAAACUGGAAAUGGAUGGGAAAAGAAAAAAUUCUAACUUUGAAUCCAGUUCAGAAAGAAGAUGAAGCAUGUUAUGAGUGUAAUGCAACCAACAGCGUUGGUAGAGGGAAAAGUCCCCCAAAGUGCAUACAAGUCCUUUUUCCUCCCACCAACGUCCGGCUUACUUUACCAGCUACGGUUAGGGAGGAUCGAUCCAUCACGAUCACCUGCACUGCUGAAAGUUUCCCACCAUCAGAUUUUCAGAUAAAAUUUUUAUCAUCAAAUUCACAGACCUUCAGUUCUUUCUCCUCUCAGCCUGCUAAUGAAGAGAACACUCUCACCCACACAUUUAAUGCAACUUCAGCCCACGCAGGCUCUUACUUCUGCAGCGCAUCAAACAGUGAAGGAACAAACAGAAGCGAUAAGAGGAAAUUAAACAUUGAAUAUUCUCCUAAGGAUGUGAAAAUAGAUGUUGGAAACGGCCUUGAAGUGAAAGAAAAUGAGUCGUUUUCAUUGAUCUGCAACGGCCGAUCGUACCCAUCAAUAACUUCAUAUCGUUGGCUGAAAAUGACCAAUAAUCAAAACGUUGGGAACUCUAUGGUCUACUCUGUAAAGUCUGCCAGCCUCUCUGAUGGUGGACUGUACAGCUGUGAAGCCAAAAAUUACAUCGGAACUAAAAAAUCCCAGCCAGUGGAAAUUAAAAUCAAACAUGCACCAAAACGCACAACAAUUAAUAAAGGAAACGAGCGCCAGUUGUCUGGAGGACGACAAUCUGUAACUCUGAGUUGCAUCAGUCACUGCUACCCUGCACCUCGUUUUGUCUGGUACAAUAAGACAGGGGACAAACAAGUCUCUCACCAGAACCUCACCGUGUACUCAAACCAAGCAGGAGAGUACUACUGCAUGGCAGAAAAUGUCCUUGGUAAAACGCGUUCUGACUCAGUCAAGCUGUUUGAUGACAGUAACAAGAAGAUUUUGAAGAUCAUCUUGGGUUGCAUUUCCCCCCUCAUUAUUCUCCUAGUUUUCUUCGUGUACAGAAGGAGCAAAUUAAUUCAACAGAGAACAACAGACUCAUGGCCCUGCUGUGUUUUUCUGGUUUGCUGGAAGGAACCCAGGAGGAGGACGGCGAUGAAUGAGGAUGAGGCCAGGUUAGCAGAACCUUUCCGGAGCAGAGAUGACCUCCUGCCAGAGCAGCCGUGCCGCCUGAACGCCUCACGUGGACAGCCUCGUCCAGACGUCACGUCAAACAACAAUUCUGUUCAUGCCACUGUGAAUCUGCCACAUAAAAAUCAAGCUCCGUCUGCACAAAACCCAGCAGGACAUCAGCGUGAACUCACGGAGAUCGAUUCUGUCAACUAUGCUUCUCUGCACUUCGAGAAGAAGAAAAAGAAACCAGAAGAGGAUGAUGUGUACUCACAAGUGUGCAAGCCAAAACCACCUGAAGAGAAAGAACAACAAAAGUCGACGGCCUAUGAAAACAUCAACGUGACAAAUCCAGCCAAACCUUCGUCUUCUGAUGAAGAUGACUCAGAGACCAGUGAGGAUGAAGUGGAGGUCACCUACUCUGAGGUGAACUUUAAACCAAAGUCUGGUCACCAGAGAGCCACCAGAGACUCCAGCAGCUCCGAGGAGGACACUCAGUACGCUCAGGUCAAACUCUGA